ACCCGCCUAAAUGAAUGCCACCCCAUAGACCGCUUGAGAGAGAGAGAGAGAGAGAGAGAGAGAGAGAGAGAGAGAGAGAGAGAGAGAGAGAGAGAGAGAGAGAGAGAGAGAGAGAGAGAGAGAAAGAGAGAGAGAGAGAGGGGGGGGGGGGAGAGGGAGAGGGAGAGAGAGAGCAUGGGAGAUGGGCUAAGGGCAUAGGACCGUUGGAGACAGGAUAGGAGACAGAGGGAUAGAACAGGUCAGA